CUCACUUCGCUUCGCGCCGCCGAGCAGGAAAGACGUGUGUGCGGAGUCUGCGCGAAACUAUAACAGAGAUAUAUUUGAAUAUAUAUCUGAAAAUAAAAUCGUCGUGCUAAUAACGGUUAUUUGUUUACCUUUUUUUGCCAGUUUUAAAUCCCUCGUGCGACAAGUGGCGCAGAUUGGAAUUGGAAUUGGAUUUGGAUUUGGAUUUGGAUAGAGGAUUUAGCUGCCCUUCGAGGUUUCAGUCAACAGAAUGCAGUUCUAAAGCAGCAGAUACGCCUUGAAAGAGACAGCAAGACAGCGGGAAAAAGAGACGGAGGGAUAAGCAAGUGACAAAGGGUAACAAAAGAGUAGGAUCUGCUUCGCAAUGACUGAAAUCAGGCUAGUUGUGGUUCUACUGGUCCUUAUGACAACCUGCAUCUACACACUUCAAGCCAGUGACAGUAAUUCCUCCGUGGCAACCACCUUGGGCGUUUUGUUCGAGAGGGCUCCCGAAUCAGCGGUGGCCCCGAAAGGAGAUGAGGUGGUGUUCGAGUGCGAGCUGAAUCUGAAACCUGAUCGCCUGGAGUGGCGGUUCAGACGCAGUGAUUCCUCGGAUCCUUAUCUAUACCUAAGACCCUCGGCUGGCUAUAACGUGACCAGCGGAAGUGAUGGUCUUGCCUGGAGACUGCGCAUCUAUGUGAGUGCCCAAACGGCUGGGGACUACCAGUGUGUGGCUUGGUAUGGCCCAGGAGCACUGGCUUCCACGCCAGCCCGCUUGGCCUUGGUCUCGAUUGCUUUGGACGUCGGCCAGGGAUCCAUGGGGGCCAGGAGCUCCAUCCGCUGGAGCGUGGCGCCCAAAAACUGCCUGCUCAUUCGUUGCGGCAGCGUCAUAUCCAAUCCGCCGGCUAUUUGGAGCUUCUACAGAAACGGAAAGAAGCUACCUCAAUCGGAGCUGCUGCCUGGCGCUGCGGGGGCAUUGGUUUUGGAUACAGUCACCGCCAAAGAUGCGGGUAACUACUCCUGCGUAGCCACGAAUUCCAUAACAGGCGAUGAACUUAGGCUCCCCCAAACUAUUGAACUAAGAGUGGACUACACAGAUAGGACACCGCCGUACUUUCUACAACGUCCACCCACCGAAUACUCAGCUCGUCCCGGAGAAACAAUUGUGCUCGAGUGUCCUGGCGUGGGAUCCCCACGACCCCGAGUCAUUUGGAGUAGUCCCAAUGUGGUUGAGAUCUAUAAUAACAGAAGCACCAUCCUGUCCUACGGCCUGCAAAUCACCGAUGUGAAGCCUGAGGAUCAGGGUUCCUAUAUCUGCAUGUUGGACAAUGGCAUUGCACCACCCAUCGAUCACACCAUCAAGUUGAGUGUUUUGCAGCGGCCCACGAUCUUAAGAGGACCGGCCGCCACUCUGACAAAUGAGAGCAAUCCUCUGCUGCUGGAUUGCUCCGCCUCGGGGAAUCCCCAACCCGAUAUUUACUGGCUCAUAAACGGUGAGGAUGCCACCAAAGAUCCGGAGGCCGUCGUGGAUAACCGGAGCCUGCAGCUGAAGCGAGUUCAAAAGCGUCACGCUGGCGUGGUUCAGUGCUUCGCAAAGAACAUUUUGGGAGAGACAAGCGAGGGAAACAUACUGCGCGUGAAUCCCCUGGAAAUCACCGGCGAGGAUGAAGAACCACUUGGCGGAGUUCCCGUGUGGCCAGUUCAUGAAUCCAACAAUGGAAUGGGCACCUCCUCAACUCCAUCUGUGGGCUCCAAAAACAAGAGCGGCAGGCGAAAAUUUAAGGCGAGCAUGGUGCCUCCGUCGCGACCCAAUGUAACCCGGCUGUCGGACGAGUCCGUGAUGCUGCGCUGGAGUGUGCCACAAAACUCUGGACUCCAGAUCACCUUCUUCAAGGUGCAGUAUCGCAAGUUGGGCGACGGAAAAAAUCGAAGGGAGAACUGGCAGACGACCAGCGACAAUAUUCCAUACGGAAACGCGCACGGAUCCGGGCCUGGCCAGGGGAACAGUCACUGGCGGGCGCGGAACCGGGACAGGGAGUAUGAGAUGGGCAAUCCGCCCAAGAACUUCACCUCCUCCGUUACGGGACUGACCGCCGGCAAGUAUUACCGCUUCCGAAUUGUGGCGGUGUACUCCAAUAACGACAACAAGGAGGGCAACACCUCCCUCAAGUUCUUCCUGCAAAAUGGAACGGCCAAGUCGAAUCUGCCAGUGCCGGAACUUCGCGCGGUGGAGACGCUCUCCGAGUCCGCCGUGGUGCUCCAUUGGUCCCUGGUAUCCUCGACUCAAAAUGAGGAUAUAGACGGGUACUAUGCCUACUAUAGGCCAGCGGACUCAGCAGCGGAGUAUUUGAAGACCACGGUGGAUGGCGGAAGAAGCAGGAGCUUUAAGAUAGACCUCCUUCGUCCAGGAACCCCCUAUGAGUUCAAAUUGCAAUCGUUCAACUCCGACGCAGCCUCUGAAUUCAGUGCUAUUCGGCAAGCGAGGACCAGAAAAACCCACGAGCAACCAGCUUCAUCUUCUUCCACGCCAGUGCCAGCCAAUAAAGCAGUGGAACAGCACCAGAACUCCUUAUAUCCACUGAUCGCAGGUGCCGCUGGCGGAGGCAUACUACUCCUCAUCGCCUCAUUGGUGGUCUGCCUUUGCCUAAAAAGACGUGAAAACUCUCAGCCGGAGGAUGAGAACAAACCGCAAUUGGAGCACAUCCAAGCGGACUUUGUUACCUCCGCCGUCCUGGGAGUUGGUGGCCACCACAAGAGUGGCGAUGUGAGGCGCCUCAACGGAGUGAUUCCGAGGAUGAACAUUACGCCCAAUCCACUGGCCCAGGAAACGGCAUCCGAUAAGAACCGCAACGUGAUGGAGCUGCGUUUCCUGCCGCCGCUGGCGAAUGGAAAUGGAAAUGGCAACUGCAUGGCCAGAGAUCUAGCCCUGGAGCGGUCGAACGCGGAAGAGCCGCAGGAUGAGGACGGAAACGAAGAUGAUAAGGGGCUACCGACGGUUGCCUCGUCCUCCUGCGAAACGCUGGAGGCCUGCGACGCUGCAAUCAAACUGAAUCUUCCUCAGAAACACGACCAGGAGCAGCUGGAUGCUCCGAACGCGGUGCUGGAGGCGCCCAGCAAGCCGCUACCUCCGCUGCCCAAGAAACCAGCAAACGGCGCUGGCCAAAACAACUCUGGGCUGCAUCAGAAUGGCCUUCACCACGCACAGCCGUACCAUCCGCCUGGCACGCCCACCUUGAUGCACAAGCGACUGGACUACCACCAGCAGCCGCCGCCGGUGCCUCCGCACUCGGCCUACUACCAACAGGCACCCACGCACCAGCCGUCGCCGAUGAUGGAGCGCAGUGUCAGGGGUCACCAGCAGCCCGGGGGCUUUCAUCUGGAGGAGGGCACACCCACGCCGACCAGGAUCCCAUCCCUGCGGCGACAGCGACGCACCUCGGGCAACCAGCAGGUGCACAACAGCCACAGCAAUCUCAAUAUUGGCCUGAGCCACCACAACAACAACAACAACCUGCCGCCGCACCACCAGCAUCUGCACCACCACCCUGGCCAUCCGGGUGGCCUGGUGGGCAUACCCAUCGUGCCAGGGAGCCCGAGGGUCCAGAGAUCGCCUAUGCCGAGCAGGGCGAUGAUCAAGAGGACGCGCCUGGGCAGCCACACGGACAACAUAUCGUCGGGCAGUCUGAACAGUAUUGAGGUGUGAUGACUCGCAGAGGAGCACCAGAACUAGUGGGCGGAACAGCACAACGAGGAGAAAUAUACCUAAGCGUCAAGCGAAAGUGGUUCCCCAAAAACAGACAGUUUCAAGUAGACCUAAGGAUACGAAACUAGAUGUGUAUUAUUGAGGUAAUCGUAGGACAGGCCGGCAAAGCAGCUCAAAACCCUCGAAUAUUAGCUUUAAGGCACCCGGUACUGUUUAGUUUUCCAAAAACCAAUCAAUUUGGCCAACCAUUUAGCUUAGAACUAGGGAAUUUGCCAUUAACAGAAGUUUCUGUCGUCUAAUAUGCUCGAUUAACUUUGCGCUAAAACACUAGUAAUCUAGUAACGGUUUCAUUUUGAGCUCAUUAAAAUGUAUUUCGAGCAGAACGUUUAAUUUACGUUUAAAAAACAGCUAAGCAGCUAAGUCGUUAAACGCUAAUGCUGCUUUGUUUUGUUUUAGGUAAAUAUUGAAUUUGAAAAUAUACAAACUUAAGUAUAAGUAAUUGGUAAUGUAAAACUUUUCCCGUUGCUGCCGGCCAGAUAGUCAGUAGGAUUACUAAUGUUAAGUUUUUUUUUACUAUUGAUAUAACUAUUUCGGGGCCAAACUUUAUCUCGAAUAAGACCUGUAGCAUAGCGUUAUUUAUUUAUUGCAGUGUAAGCGUCAGGCGUCAGCAACUCGAAUUGAUUAGUUCAAUUAACAAGCAACCUAAUGUACGUUUAAGUCAAACCAACUAUCUAGCAAUAAGUUAAUACAUUUCUAGAUGUGACUAAUACACAGAACCCAAGAGAGAAGCAUCCUAAACUACAUUUAAGCUCAUAGGCGGCAGUUUUAAACGAAUAUGCGAGUCCUGAAAUUAAAAAGUGAAUCUUUAAACAUA